AUGUACAAGGACAGUGAAAAUAACAACGUCGAAAAAAAAGGUCAAGAAAAAGAUGAAAAAGUUAUAAUAAGAGUUAAAAGAAAAAUUGAUGAUACUACCAUCCCAUCAAUUUAUAUGAAAAAGUCAAAUAAAAGAAUAUGUAAUGGAAUAUUUUAUAAACAUAUCGAUACAGUUGCCCCAGAGGUUGAUAUAGAUAAAAAAAAUUUCGAAUGUGUUAAGCUGUUUUUAAAACAUGAACAGUGCAAUAGUAGUAGUACUACUGUUACUAUUAAUGACGUAUUUUCCUUCGUCGAAAAAAAAAGAAAAUUCCGUUCCUUUAAGUGUUAUGAAAAGGAUUUAAAAGAUACCAUAAAUAAUUUAAAAAGAUAUAAAAUAGUGAAUCAAAAUAUUCAGUAUAUAGAUUUAGAUAAAGAAAAAAAGGGAAUAUAUAAAAUUAUUGACGUGGAUUUAUUACAUGAAUGUGAAUAUGACAAUAUUGAAGCUUCUCAAAACAAUGAACUUAAGAAGGAACUUGUACAAGAGCAAACGAAGGAGGAAGAUAGGCACAGAAAUAUAGAACAAGAACAAGAAUUUGAAUAUGAUUUAUACGUUAUAGAUGACCAGAAGUUACAAACAAAUGAUUAUAUGGACUAUCUGUAUAAUAUAAAAAAUAAUAAUAUAGAUCCAUCGGAGGUAAUAGUACUAGAGGAUGUUUAUGGAAAUAACUCAAACGAGUAUGACUCGAAGUCUUUUUCUUCUUCUUCUUCCAGUUCCGACUGUGACACAUUGAAGGAAAUGUCAGACUAUCCAGAUGAAAGUUCGAGUAGUGAACUUAUGAAUAAUGAUUCCAUUGAUGAUGGAAAUGACCACGACUCUAUGAGCAGUGACUGUGAUGAUAGAAGUGUGAGAAGUGCUAGAAGUGUUAGAAGCGUGAGGAGUGAUAGAAGUGUGAGAAGUGUUAGAAGUGUGAGAAGUGAUAAUCUCUACGAAAUUAAUCUUGAAAUUGAUUCCUGUGCAAACAGCUUGCACAGUGACAACUACCAGGAAACUUAUGAAAAUGAUUACCACCAUGAAAACAGUAUGGACAUGGGUUCUCAUGAAAACAAGAUGGAUAGCGACUAUUACCAUGAGAAUCUCAUAAACCAAUUUAGUAAUUACAGUGACGAGGAUUCAUUAGGGGUAUACUUAAAAAAUGGUGGCUGUGAUGAAAACAUGUUUGAUAAUAAGAGAUCAAAUUACAUAAACAAUUGGGGAAGUUACAUAAAGGGGAAAAAUAUCACUCAUAGUUAUAAUGACAAUGGUGCUCAUAACAGAUGUAAUAAUAAUGGAAAACAAAAAAGUAGUCCAUCAAAAAAAAGAGAAAAGAAAACCCAUAUGCAUAAGGAAAAAAUGAAUUCUUUGAUUUUUGAAGAGAAAAUAAAGAACGAGUUAGAAAAACGAUUAAAAAAAAAAAAUGAAAAUAUGGUAAACAUAACAUUAUCGGAUAAGCUAAAAAUAUUGGAGCAAAUGGAAAAAGAGUAUUAUGAUAAAUAG